CCCUUUAGUACAUUUUGUUACUUAUUUAACACAAAAAUAUAUUGUUUAAUUCCUAUUCAACAGAAGUUAACUCGCAAAAAUCAUCAAUGGCAGAAAAAAAGGACUCUAAUAGUAAUGAAGAUGGAAGGUGGACUCUUCAAGGGAAAACUGCCCUUGUUACUGGUGGCACUAAAGGGAUAGGGCAUGCCAUAGUAGAAGAAUUAGCUGGAUUUGGUGCAACAGUUUAUACAUGUUGUAGAAACCAAGAACAACUUGAUCAGUGUUUAGAGAAAUGGAGAGGCAAAGGGUACAAAGUAGAAGGAUGUGUGUGUGACUUGAGUUUAAGACCCCAAAGAGAGAUGCUUAUGGAGAAGGUUAUCAAUUUUUUCCAAGGAAAGCUCAACAUUCUAAUAAAUAAUGCAGGUAUACUAAUAGUUAAGCCAGCUACAGAGUUCACUGAGAGGGAUUACUCUAUUCUCAUGAAAACCAAUUUUGAAGCUUCUCACCACAUCUCCCAAAUUGCACACCCAACUUUGAAGGCCUCAGGAAGUGGAAGCAUUGUCUUCAUCUCUUCUGUUGCUGGGCUUGUGGCAUCUCCAAUAAAUUCCUUAUAUUCAGCAACUAAAGGAGCAAUGAAUCAACUUACAAGGAAUUUGGCUUAUGAAUGGGCUAAAGACAAUAUUCGAGUGAACGCAGUAGCACCUUGGAUUAUCGAAACACCCCUCAUCGAAGCAGCGAAGCAAGAUCCAUUGACUAGAGAACAUAUUGAAAGAAGUGUUAAUAGAACACCAAUUUCUAGAGCUGGAGAACCAAAAGAAGUUUCAGCAAUGGUGGCAUUCCUUUGCCUCCCUGCUGCUUCAUAUAUUACUGGUCAAGUUAUAUGUGUUGAUGGUGGACUCACAAUUAAUGGUUCUUAUUAACUAAUUCUUUUGUGUUGAAUAGUAAUGUAAUACUUGAUUGAUAUGCAAGAUCAACUUUUCUAAAUUUGUUUGAUGAAAUCAUGAAUUUAUGAUGAUUUUUUUUUA